ACAUGUCGCAAUCUGUUCUUAUCACUGGGUGUAGCGCAGGUGGAAUUGGGGAAUCCCUCGCUAAAGAAUUCCACUCAAAGGGUUUUCAAGUCUUUGCUUCCGCCCGUACACUUACAUCUAUGGAGGGCUUGACAUCCCUGCCCAGUAUCAAGCUGUUGGUCUUAGACGUCACGGAUUUGAACAGCAUCAGGGCUGCCAAGCAACAGAUCAUCGAGCUGAACGGAAACAAGUUGGAUGUCUUGGUCAACAACGCUGGCGUAGCAUAUCCAUUUGCGCUCAUGGACGCUUCGCUCGAUAAAGUGAAGGAAGUAUUCGAUGUUAAUGUGUUUGGUCAAGUGGCCAUGGUACAGGAAUUCGUCCCGCUCCUUCUCGCUUCAGAUGAUGCGCGCAUCGUGCAGAUCGGAAGCUUGGCCAGCAUUGCCCCUGUCCCGUUUGGCUUUGCUUACAACGCGAGCAAGGCGGCCUUGAAUGCAAUGAGUGACACGCUCCGCAUUGAAUUAGCACCAUUCAACAUACGGGUGCUCCAUGUCGUGCUUGGAAACGUACAAAGCAAUAUAACCAAGCCAUGGAUUGUGAUGCCCGACAACUCACUGUAUCAGCCGAUCAAGGAAGAGUAUCAGAGGAAUCGCAUCGACAAUUAUCAAAACGCUGCUGUACCAAGAGAUCCUGUAGCACGUAACAUCGUCGCCGAAGUGCUGAAAGCGCACCCUCGCGCCUGGCUAUGGGACGGAGCCAACGCCUGGAUGGUGUGGAUUGUCAAUACAUUCCUCAAACGCACUACGUUCGAUGCCAUGUUUUCUCGGCGCUUCGGCUUGUCGAAGCUCGCCGACCUGCGUCGUAACGAUAAGAAACUUGUAUGACCAUGUGUUUCGUACCUUAACACAGCUUGUGUGUGUCAGAGUUGUUUCUAUCGCCUUUUUGCUGUGGAUAGCUGUUCGCGUAUCUCUUACCUUGUGUUGGAUGUGCUCCCCUACGCUCCCGUGCUCUAUAUGCUGAAAAGAAGCCGGAUU